UUUUAGGUUUAGGUUUUCGACCACAAUUAGAUAUAGAAAAAAAUCUUAUUUUAAUUGAUAAAAGUGCUCCAAGAAAUAGAUUAGAUCCUUAUGUUAAAAGUCUUAAUGAAUAUCUUAGAAUUUAUUAUUGGAAACAAGAUAAUAAUAAUGGAUUUAAUCAAACAAAGAAAUUUAAAAUUUCUAAUCCAGGUGAUUGUAUACUUCAAAAUCAAUAUGGAUUUUCUAAUGGAAAACCAUGUAUACUUGUUAAAAUGAAUAAAAUUGUUAGUUUUAUACCAAAACCAGGUUAUUUAUUAGAAGAUGAACAUGCAUUUAAAUCAGCUGGAUGUCGAUCUAAUUCUAAUGCUAUUAAUAUUCAUUGUUAUGGAGAAUAUCCGACUGAUGCUGAUAAUAUUAAGAAUAUAACUUAUGUAUCAGAGAAUGGUCAUGAUAAUAAUUGUGGUUCACUUGAAACUAAAUGGUUUCCUUAUGAGGGUAAAAAAGAACGUGAAGAUGUAUAUCAAGCACCAUAUAUAUGGGUUCAAUUUAAUGAAGUUAAACCAAAUGUAUUAAUCAAUGUUAUGUGUCGAAUAUUUGGUGAAAAUAUUAAUUUUGAUAGAAAAGCAUCUCGAGCUCUAACACGUUUUCAAAUAUAUAUAAAAGAUAUACCAAAACGUAUACCAUCAAGUAAAAUAGGUGAAAUAUGA